AUGCACUCCAGAGUCAGUACAUUCCAGCGGACUUUGACGUUCUUAACUAUCUCGAAAAUAGCAGAGCGAGUGCCUGAACAACAGGUUGACACUACAAACAUAAAAAUUCCAAGAAACAUAACUUUAGCGGACCCAGAUUUUCAUCGACCAGGACCGAUAGACGUUUUACUCGGUUCCGGUGCAGCAUUAUCCUUACUCAGCAUAGGACAGAUAAAUCUUUCUCCCCCUCACGGUCCCGACUUGUAUAUACAGAAAACAAGACUUGGAUGGGUAAUAGGGGGAAGUCCACCCACAUCAUCGCAGGGACGUUGCCUAAAUUAUCAUUCGAACAAGACACUCCAAUCAUCCCUAACACGUUUCUGGGAAAUAGAAGAAGGACCACAAGUCCAAAUUCUUUCCAAAGCAAAUGAAUAUUGUGAAUUUCAUUUUAUGCAACAUGUCUCCAGAAGAGCUGACGGCCGAUACGUUGUAGCAUUACCCUUUAACGAUAAGGUAACGCAGUUAGGGGAAUCUAGAUCUCGUGCGUUGAAGAGACUAGAAUCACUAGAACGAAAACUACAACGUGACGCAGCUCUCAAGAAAGAUUAUCACGCAGUCAUCGAAGAAUAUUUACAUCUAGGUCACAUGGUCAAGGUCCCAUUAGAGCAGCUUACGUCAGGUGGAUAUUACUUGCCACACCAUGGCGUGAUGAAGAUCACAAGCGAGACGACGAAAUUGCGCGUGGUUUUCGACGGGUCAGCUACUACAAGCACCGGAAUUUCUUUGAAUGACGCGUUACAUAUUGGGCCACGGGUACAAGAUGAUUUGCUGGACAUACUUUUACGUUUCCGGAUUCACGAGUACGUUAUCACCGGUGAUAUAGAAAAAAUGUACCGGCAAUUCAUUGUUCGUGACGAAGAUAAGAAAUAUCAACGUAUUCUCUGGAGAGAUUCGGACGAUAAGGUUCAUACAUAUGAACUGCAGACAGUCACAUUUGGCUUAUCUGCCGCUCCGUAUCUGGCGAUGCGCUGCCUUGUUCAAUUAGCGCAUGAUGAAGGGCACAAAUUUCCUGCAGCCGCAAAAAUUCUUCUACGAGACUUCUACGUUGAUGACCUACUAACAGGAGCAUCUACAGAAGAGGAAGCCAUUUUGAUCCGAGAAGAAUUAAGGCAACUUUUGAAUCUCGCGGGGCUGAAUAUACGUCAAUGGGCAGCCAAUCGGGAAACACUUCUACAGGGAUUGCAUGAAGAGUCCAUUAAUAAAAAGUUACACCUGGGAGAGUCAACCACGUUAAAAACGUUAGGAAUAAUGUGGGACUCAUCAAAUGAUUCCAUUUCUUACCAGGUGAAGGUUGACUUCGGCGCCCCACGUGUCACGAAAAGACUUAUCACCUCCGAAAUCGCUAAAAUAUAUGACCCGUUAGGUCUCCUUGGACCAGUCAUAAUAGUGGCGAAGAUGCUGCUGCAACGUAUCUGGACCAUUAAGGUGGGUUGGGAUGAAUCCUUACCGAUGGACAUCCAUACCGAAUGGCACCAGUUUUACCAGCAGUUGUCAUUACUGAAUAACGUAGUUUUUCAUAGAAAAGUACUCGCCAAUGCAUCAUCAAGAAUCGAGUUGCACGGAUUCUGCGAUGCCAACGAGAAAGCAUAUGGAGCUUGCCUCUACAUUCGUUCAAUGGACGAGAGCGGCGAAAUAUGCACUGAACUAUUGUUGGCAAAAUCAAAGGUUGCACCGUUAAAAACACAAACUCUUCCGCGUCUUGAGUUGUGUGGUGCCUUGCUGUUGACAGCAUUAAUAAUCACAGCAAGAAGGGCCUUACAGGUGGAAAUUGAUCGCACCGUUCUCUGGACCGAUUCAACUAUCGUGCUGCAUUGGUUAAAAACAUCUCCACAUACCCUCAAGACCUUUGUAGCAAAUCGAGUGUCAGAGAUACAAACAAAAACAGAUAUUGCAGAAUGGCGACACAUACCAACACAGGAUAACCCCGCAGACUUGAUUUCACGAGGCCAACACCCCGAAGAAUUUCUACAGCCUUCUAUCUGGCAACACGGUCCAGAAUGGCUUCGACAAGAAGAAUCUGUAUGGCCAAUUCAGAAUAUACCAUUUCACGAGGAGAUCCCAGAACAAAAGACAGUAACUUGUCUCUCUACCACAGCCAUGGACAUCAACAUACUCAAUAGAUUUUCAUCGUGGGAAAGGAUGAAACGAGUUAUCGCUCGUUGCCUGCGAUGGCGCAAGUCGAAUACCGAAUCAGGACAUAUUACCGCUACGGAACUCAAGGAAGCCCAUGACAAAAUCAUCAGACUUUUACAGCAGACACAUUUCGCGAAAGAAUUAAGAGUCCUGUCAAGCAAUAAUCCCAACGUUGGAGGGAAGCUACAACGGUUAACCCCAUUUAUUGACAAAACCGGAAUACUAAGAGUUGGAGGAAGGCUCAAACAUUCGAUGAUGCCGUUCCCUCAGCGUCACCCCAUCAUUUUACCAAAAUCACACAUAACCCGGUUAAUAAUUACGGCAGAACAUCGGGCUCAUUUACACGCAGGUGUUCAAAACACCUUAUAUGCCAUCAGGCGCCGUUAUUGGCCCAUUGAUGGGCGAAACCAGCGUUUUUAUAGCGAAGGGUAA